AUGCGCGCGGGGCAGGGUACAAAGGGCGCGGCGGCGGCUCCUGCGCACAGCGACGCGGCCGGGCAAGAUGGCGCUCUGUUUCCCCUGCAGGACAAAGAGAAGAAAAAGAAGGAGAGCAUCUUGGACCUGUCCAAGUACAUCGACAAGACGAUCCGAGUGAAGUUCCAGGGAGGCCGAGAAGCCAGUGGAAUCCUGAAAGGGUUUGACCCGCUGCUCAACCUCGUGCUGGAUGGCACCAUCGAGUACAUGAGAGACCCCGACGACCAGUACAAGCUCACGGAGGACACCCGGCAGCUGGGCCUGGUGGUGUGCAGGGGCACCUCCGUGGUGCUCAUCUGCCCACAGGACGGCAUGGAAGCCAUCCCCAACCCCUUCAUCCAGCAGCAAGACGCCUAGCGGCCCAGGCCGCCCCGCCCCGCCCCGCCCCGCCCCGCCCCGCCCCGCCCCCAGGACUCGGGCCACCCGUGGGAAUGGAACUUGCCUUUUUGUAUAGCUUAUGUUUUUGUUUUCUUUAUAAAAUUGCAAACCUCAAGUGUCCAGGA